AUGCACCUGCGCUCCAUCCAGCUGAGCCCUGCAGCCUGGCGCUGGGCCAGCAGCAGGCUGAGCAAGUCGCAGGGGCGUGGUGGUGACCAGUGGAGGAAUCAGCCUACAUUAGCCAGGCAGUCGCAAGGCGGCACAGUUCACCGGCGACAGCUGAGCCGGCGGCAGCCGGAUCGGAGCCGGGAGGCCGCAGCCAUGAGCUCCGUGCUGUACUACGCCCUGCCCGCCCUGGGCAGCUACGCCUUGCUCUCCAUCUUCCUCCUGCGCCGGCCGCGCCUGCUGCACCCACCCCGGGCUCCGGCCUUCUGCCCCCGCCUGGGGGCCCACCGGGGAGGGUCCGGAGAGAGGCUGGAGAACACCAUGGAGGCCAUGGAGAACGCCAUGGCCCAGCGCUCGGACCUCCUGGAGCUGGACUGUCAGCUGACCCGGGAUGGCGUGGUGGUGGUGUCCCACGACGAGAACCUGUCCCGCCAGUCAGGCGUGAACAGGGAUGUGAGCAGCCUGGCGUUUGAGGAGCUGCCCCUCUACAAGGAGGAGCUGGAGGUUUACUUCUCACCGGGCCACUUUGCACAUGGGUCGGACAGGCGCAUGGUGCGUCUGGAGGACAUUUUCCAGAGGUUCCCUCGGGUGCCCGUGAGUGUGGAGGUCAAAGAGGAAAACGAGCAGCUCAUUCACAAGAUAGGCAGCCUGGUGAGGCACUUUGACCGCAAUGAAAUCACCAUCUGGGCCUCGGAGAAGAGCUCGAUCAUGAAAAAGUGCAAGGCCGCGAACCCCGAUAUGCCGCUGUCCUUCACGAGAUGGCGCACGAUCCGGCUGUUGCUGCUAUAUUACCUGGGGCUGCUGCCCUUCGUCCCCAUCCCUGAGAAGUUCCUCCUGUGCUUCCUGCCCACCAUCAUCAACAGGACCUACUUCCCGUUCUCCUGCUCUGCGCUGAACCGGCUGUCAGCCACGGUUACUAAAUGGCUCAUCAUGAGGAAAAGUCUGAUCCAAUACCUGGAGCAGCGAGGAGUGCAGGUGGUAUUCUGGUGCCUGAACGAAGAGGCGGAUUUUGAAGCGGCCUACAGCCUGGGGGCCACCGGCGUCAUGACCGAUUACCCCACGGCCCUGCGGCGCUACCUGGACAGCCACCGCGCGGCCUAA